AUGAACGGUCCAGAGCAAACACUAGAAAUUAAUGAUCACAAAUUAAACCUUCCUGAUCUUUAUCAACGCUACAAUACUGAUCCAGAAGCAGGUUUAACAGAUGCUAAAGCGAAAGAAAUUUUUAAUCGUGAUGGUCCCAAUAUGUUGCCGCAACCAAAGACAACACCGGAAUGGAUGAAAAUUUGUAGAAAAAUAUUUGGCGGCUUUGCACUUUUGUUCUGGAUUUGUGCGAAAUCGAAAAUUUCACCAAUCCUGAAUCAAAUAUCAGAUAUGAUUCCUGAAAAAGCAGUUGCUAUUCGUAAUGGUGAGAAACAAAUAAUAAACGCCAAAGAUUUAGUAAUAGGUGAUAUUGUCAAAAUCACGUUUGGUGACAGAAUACCUGCUGACAUUCGCAUUAUCGAAUCGAAGAACUUCAAAGUCAUUAAUUCCUCCCUGACUGGAGAAAGAGAACCACAAAUACGUUCGACUGAAUUUACCAAUGAAAAUCCAUUAGAAACGAGAAAUUUGGCUUUUCUCAGCACCAUAGCGGAUGAAGGCACUGCCAAAGGUCUUGUCAUUCGUACGGGCGAUCAUACUGUAAUUGGUCGUACUAUCAAUUCGAUUUCGAAUCAAUCUACUGGUGACACAUCGCUUACUAAAGAGAUCUCUCACUUGAAUUAUAGCAUCACACGAGUAGCCGUCAUUCUUGGUAUAUCCUUCUUCAUCAUCACACUUAGUUUCGGUUAUCCAUUCAUCGAAUCAAUCAUUCUUCUCAUCGUUAUUAUCAUUGCUAAUGUACCUACAGGUCUUUCCAUCACUAUCACGAUAUGUUUAACAUUGAUAGCAGAAAGAAUGGCUAGAAAAAAUUUGGAUGUCAGUGAAAAUCAAGCCUUAUCUACCUUCGACAAAAAUUCACGUGGUUUCUUGGCACUAUCUCGUUGUGCUACGCUGUGCAAUCGAGCUGAUUUCAAACAAGAUUCUGAAAAUUUAGCGCAACCAGUGUUACAACGCGCAUGCAAUGGUGAUUCGUCUGAAGUCGCUCUACUAAAAUGCGUUGAACUAUCAACUGGCAAUGUAAGCAGAUCCCGUGAGAUACAUCCAAAAGUGUGUGAAAUUCCAUUUAAUUCAACAAAUAAAUAUCAACUGUCGAUUCAUGAAUUGAAUACUAAUAUUGAAAGUGAAGAAAAUUCUCGGUCUUAUUUAUUAGUGAUGAAAGGAGCUCCUGAAGGAAUUAUUGAACGAUGUUCAACAAUUUAUAUCGAUGGUGAAGAUUUGGAAAUGAACGAUUACUGGCGCACAGCAUUCGAACAUGCGUAUUUGGAGUUGGGUAAACUAGGAGAACGAGUCUUGGGCUUUUGCGAUUUGUGUUUACCAGGCAAGGAAUAUCCGUACGGAUAUUCAUUCGAUACGGAUGAAGUUAAUUUUCCUACAACAAAUCUUCGUUUUCUCGGUCUCAUGGGGAUGAUCGAUGCGUCGAAGGCAUCUGUUCCUGACGUGAUAAUGAAGUGUCGUUCGGCUGGAAUCAAAGUGAUUAUGGUAACUGGAGAUCAUCCAAUUACCUCGAAAGCCAUUGCCCGUACUGUGGGCAUCAUUUCGAAAGGCUCAGAAACAGCAGAAGAUAUAGCAGAACGUUUGGACAUUUCUCUAGAACUAGUGGAUUCGAAUGAUGCUAAAGCUUGUGUUAUUCAUGGUAAUGAUCUUAGAGCAAAAUCACCAGAAGAAAUUGAUGCAUUGCUAAGAGAUUAUCCAGAAAUUGUCUUUGCCCGAACAUCUCCUCAACAAAAAGCCAUUAUUGUUGAAGCAUGUCAACGACAAGGUGAUAUUGUGACUAUGAUAGGCAACAGUGUCCAUGAUUUACCAGCUUUGCAACAAGCUGAUGUCGGGAUAGUUAUCGGUAUUGAUAGUUCGGCUAUAUGUAAACAAGCAGCAGAAAUAAUUAUGAUGGACGACAAUUUUGCUUCGUUUCUGACAGGUGUGGAACAAAGUCGUCUGAUGUUUGAUAAUUUGAAAAAAUCAAUUGCCUACACCAUGACAUCAAACAUUGCCAAAAUGAUUUCAGUUCUGAUUUUUUUGUUAACAAAUAUACCGUUAGCAUGGGGAAUCACUACUGUUUUGUGUAUCGAAUUCAUGAAUAUAAUGGGAGCUAUUUCAUUGGCUUAUGAGAAAGUGGAAACAGAUAUUAUGAAGAGACGACCAAGAGAUCCAAAGCAUGAUCGACUUGUGAACAAACGCCCUGCAUUAAUAACUUUCAGUCUCAUAGGAAUCAUUCAAGUAGCGACUGGAUUAUUUGCCUAUUUCUUGAUCAUGAUCGAGAACGGCUUUUCACCAUCACAUCUUUUUGAUCUGAGAAAGUCAUGGGAAUCAAAAGAUGUUAAUAAUUCCUAUGGUCAAGAAUGGACUAACGAACAACGCAAACAACUGAAAUUUACAUGCUACACUGCUUUCGUUAUCACUAUCAUCAUUUGUCAAUGGGCUACAUUGAUCAUAUUCAAAACUAGACGAGAUUCCAUCUUGCAACAAAACAUGAACAAUUUAAUGUUAAAUGUUGGGAUGAUAUUUGAAACUAUUCUGCUUGCAAUUAUUUCCUACAUAAUAUAUUCCAAUACAGCUCUCAAUACCUAUUCAUCGAAAUUUGGCUGCUGGCUUCCGGCAUUGUCCUAUGUUAUUCUCAUUUUAAUCUUGGAUGAAGUGCGUAAAUACAUCAUUCGCAAACAUCCUGGCGGUGUGGUGGACAAAGAAACGUCGUAUUAA